GAAACUCGGAAGUCGGUUAUAAUUUUAUCAAUAUUGAGAGUAGACUUGAAAAAUUUGAAUAGGUAAUAAUAAUUAUUAAUUUUUAGACAUUUUAAAUUUUGUUUUGCGUUUUACUGGCUGCUGCAUUGAGAUUUUAACUCAUCAUGGAGAAUAUAGACAACAUACUAACGGAACAGAUCGAUAAUCAAAUUACAUCUCUUGAAGCAGAACCACAUAAUCACAUCUGGCAGAUGAAAAGAUUAAAAUCGCUACAAAAUUGGACUAUGAGAAAACCUAGUGCCAAGGAAAUGGCCGAAGCAGGUUUCUACUGCCCGAAUCCUGAUGUACCUGAUACAGUAAGAUGUUUUUCGUGUUUCAUCGAAUUAGAUGGUUGGGAGCCGACCGACAAGCCUUGGGAAGAACACAGGAAACGAGCCUUAUCAUUAAACCCGCCAUGUAGAUUUAUAGAAAUAGGUAAGAAAGAGGCAGAUUUUAUAGUAGACGAUUUCUUAGAAAUUCAAAAAAGUGUGAUAUUACGCAUUUUUCAUGAAAAAUGUGAAAAACUCACAAAAACAGCACUAUCUCUUCACAAAAAAAAAAAAUCAGCUCUUAAAAAAGACCUCCAAAAAAAAGGAAUGUCAUGAAAAAAUAUAUUUAUAUGUUUAGACGUACAAUUCAAUAUACUGGGCACAGUUAAAUUUUUUGUAAAUUAGUUAUUAUAUAUUUUAAACAACUUACUGGCUUGUCUAAUUAUUAUAUUAUAUAUAUAUUACAAUGUACGC